AUUUAGGAUUUGAUGAUGAAUUCAAAACUUUAUAAGGUCUUUUUGUCACCAUUUGAAGUCAACAACUGUGGUAGAAGAACUUCGGUGAUCAUUGCUGAAUCGGCGGCUCGAAUUUGCAUUUCAGAAUGCAUUUGUCGUGGGGGGUUUUUAUUUUUUGGGUUUGUGGACAUGACAACCAUCAACACAGCCGUAGAUCAGCCAAAGAAAAUUGAUAAUAAUGUCGAAAAGACUAGGUUUCAGAAUUCGGCUUCUGGGUUCAAGCGAUGGGGCAGGAAAUCCCCAUUCAUCAGAUAUGGGCUUCCCAUGAUUUCGCUCACAGUGCUUGGAGCCCUUGGCCUCGGCCAUCUCUUGCAAGGCAGCAAGGAUAUUGCCAAGGUAAAGGAUGAUCAGGAAUGGGAGAUCAUUGAGACAAGAAAAGCACUUUCAAGAACAGGGCCUGUCGAGGCAUAUAAGCCAAAGAAGAUAUCAUUGGAAGAGGAGCUUAAGGCCUUGCAAGAGAAGGUUGACAUUAACAAUUAUGAGUACAAGAAAAUUCCAAAGCCAAAUGAAGGAAAGCCGAGCUGAAAAUGAGAUUUUUCUCAGUUUAUUAGUCACUUCCCGAAAAAGAUUUUCGAAUCAGAGAGUAUGUCUAGGCCUCUAGAGUCUAGGGUAGUAAUUUGCUUUCUCUCUGAUUUCAUUUAUAAAGGGUUCAUAAUCCAUCUACUAAAGUUGAAUCUCCCUAUUCCACUAUGAAUGAAAAAAUAUGAUAUUAUUACAGUUUAUGUAUCUCAAAUUUUGCAA